GCGCGUGAGGGGGCGGGCCUGGGGCGGCUGGGCCGAGGCCCCGUGUCAUUGGCGAAGGGCUGAGGCCGGCGACCAUGUCCUGCUGCGGGAGCGGCGCGGGGGGCGCCCGGCGGGGCCUCGGCCGCCUCCUCUUACUCCUGCAGAAAAAUGGAGUACGGCAUUGUUCAUACGCUGCAACGCGGAAAAACCUUUACAUCACUAAAGAUACAAAGGUCAUUUGUCAAGGUUUUACUGGCAAACAGGGUACCUUUCACAGUCAGCAGGCGCUGGAAUAUGGCACCAAUCUAGUGGGAGGAAUUUCGCCGGGCAAAGGGGGCAAAACUCAUUUGGGGCUUCCCGUCUUUAACUCAGUGAAGGAGGCAAAACAACAAACAGGAGCGACCGCCUCUGCGAUAUACGUGCCGCCUCCAUUUGCCGCUGCCGCCAUCAACGAAGCCAUUGAUGCGGAAAUCCCCCUGGUGGUGUGCAUCACUGAAGGUAUUCCCCAGCAAGACAUGGUUCGGGUUAAGCACCGAUUGCUUCGUCAGAACAAGACACGGCUCGUUGGCCCAAACUGCCCAGGAGUCAUCAACCCCGGAGAAUGUAAAAUCGGCAUCAUGCCUGGCCACAUUCACAAGAAAGGCAGAAUUGGUAUUGUAUCAAGAUCUGGAACUCUAACGUAUGAAGCGGUUCAUCAGACCACUCAAGUAGGGCUGGGACAAUCCUUUUGUGUCGGAAUUGGAGGAGACCCAUUCAAUGGAACAAAUUUUAUCGACUGCCUGGAGGUCUACCUGAAGGACCCAAAUACCGAUGGGAUUAUCCUGAUAGGUGAGAUCGGUGGAAAUGCUGAAGAAGAUGCUGCUGAAUUCCUUAGGAAAAACAACUCCGGUCCGGACUCUAAGCCGGUCGUCUCUUUCAUUGCCGGAAUCACCGCUCCUCCCGGCAGAAGGAUGGGUCAUGCCGGGGCCAUCAUUGCUGGGGGGAAAGGGGGAGCAAAAGAGAAGAUUGCUGCCCUGCAGAAUGCUGGUGCGGUUGUCACUAUGUCUCCUGCUCAACUCGGCUCCACUAUCUACAAGGAGUUCGAGAAGAGAAAAAUCCUGUAGAAAGAGGCCUCGUUGGAACGUGCCAUUACUGAAAUGCCAGCACAACCCGUUGCCUCCUGCCUUUCUCCGUCCUCCUCACGCGCUAAUUUUUCUUUGCCUGAAUACAGCCGUCAUCUGUUUUCUGAAUUCAGUUUUAAAGCCACAAGGUUUAUUUCAGUGGCUCCUCUGUUCAGGCGUGAUUGUACAUCAUAGAAAACAAAUAAAUCUACCACUAAACUUGAUUUAUUUGAAACCCUGAA